AUGGCGCAGUCAUUGGACUCGGGGCAGCGGGAGAUGACCAAUGGGGGGCUGGGAGGGGGCGGGCACACGGCCACACGGAGCCUGCUGAAAAAGCAGCAACAGCGGCAGCAGGGAGGAGCCUCCCACCGGAAGCGGUCCUCCUCCCCCAUGGGCCGGGUCAUCCUCAUCAACUCGCCCGUCGAUGGUGGCGAUGACAGCGAGGACAUUCACACGAUCACGGUGGACAAGAGCGCCGACGGCAAGCUGGGCUUCAGUGUGCGAGGCGGCUCUGAACACGGCCUCAGCAUCUUCGUCAGCAAAGUGGAGGAUGACAGCUCUGCAGAGCAGGCGGGGCUGUGUGUGGGGGAUAAGCUGGUGGAGGUGAACGGGGUCAGCCUGGAGAGCAUUACCAUGAGCAGCGCAGUGAAGGUACUGACGGGCAACAACCGGCUGCGCAUGGUGGUGCGGCGCGUUGGCAAGGUGCCCGGCAUCCGCUACUCCAAGGAGAAGACCACCUGGGUGGACCUGAUCCACCGCAGGAUGGUGGUGGAGGAGAGCGGCCGCACCCCCUCGGAGGCCAGUUCGGACGGGGCACUGAAGCGAAUCGUGCACCUCUACACUACCUCCGAUGAUUACUGCCUCGGCUUCAACAUCCGCGGCGGCCGGGAGUUUGGCCUAGGGAUCUACGUCUCCCGGCUGGAUCCAGGUGGCCUGGCGGAGCAGCACGGGAUUAAGAUGGGGGACCAGAUUCUGUCGGCCAACGGGGUCAGCUUUGAGUGCAUCAGCCACAGCAGCGCCGUGGAGGUGCUCAAGAGCCACACCCACAUCAUGCUGACCAUCAAGGAAGCUGGAAGAUAUCCCGCCUACAAAGAGAUGGUGGCAGAAUACAGCUGGCUCAAUAAGCUGGCCAACGGCACUCGGAAGUCAUCCACCCAGGGUUCCGAAACCAACUCCUCCGCCUCGUCCCUGUCCUCGGGGACCCCAGCCAGCUCGCUCAGCGGCCUCUCCCAGGUCCUGUUCCCCUCCUCCUCUCAAGGCUUCGGAUCCGAAAUGGCGGACGUCUCCCUGUCCUCCUUGGACCCCUCGCGCCGCCCCAGCUCCGAAAGGGCCGAGGCCUCCAUCCAGACCGACCCGCCGGAUCCCGACCCUCUGGGCAGGCUUGUUGCCACGGAGACCAGCAGGAGCCUGGGUGAGACCGUCCUGCUGAAGGACACCGCCAUCCGGGGUGACCUCUCGGAGAGGGGAACGCGGUCCCGGAGUGGGACGUCCUCCACGGUGGCGGCGGACUCCCCGAAAACAAAGCUGCUCAUGGCCCUGAGCAAGCCCUCCCGGCCCAUCCGCCGGUCCCAGAGCCACAUCACGGUGUCCGAGGAAAAGCAGAAGAAGUGGAAGAAGAUGGAGCAGAAGGAGAAAGCAGAGGAGGGCAGCAACCUAAAACGCUCCAAGACCUUCGUCAACCUGCUCUUCAAGGGCGGGCACAAGAGGGAUGCCUCCAGGGGGCGCUCUAAGUCUCCGUCUCGCUCUGAGGGAAACAGAGGUAAUGGGAGGAGAGGAGCACCUUUCUGUGUUCUGUGCUCUCCAAGACCUACUGCCAAUAAGGACACGGACCGCAGCACCCCACCGGCAGAGGAGGUGCUAGGGGUGGUGGAGGACAUGGCCCGCAAGCUGCUGAGUGAGGACGAGGUGGCGGCGGUCAUGAGGCACUGCAGGAGGUAUUUGACAGAACAUGUGGUGGAGGACCUGGUGCGCCCCCUGCUGGCCAUUCUGGACAGGCCCGAGAAGGUGCUGCUGCUUCGGGAGAUCAGAAUGCUCAUCCCCCCUACUGACCUGGGCCGAUUUGACAGCAUGGUGAUCCCAUUCGAACUGGAGGCCUAUGACAUCCUAAAGAGUCGAUCUGUCAGGUCCCCUGCCCUGCGCUCACCACGGUCUGGGCGGGCCCCCAGAAGAUAUCUCAUCACCCCCAUCCCAGACUCCAGGGGUGGCUUCCAGCUCCACCCAGCACAGGAUCUGGAGAAGGACAGGCAGCUGAUGGAGGAGAUUGAGAGGCUGCGGGUGUCGGGGCCCCCGGACAGCCGGCAGUACCGCACCCGACCCUUCACCCCGCUGCUGGACAUCCCGGUGGACAGCUACGCCUCGGCGUCGCCCCGGACGCGCUCCGUCAGCCCCUCCCACCCCAACUGGCUGCUGACUGACUCCCCCCAGAACACCAGCCCGCGCUCCACCCCGCGGGGGGGCAGCCGCGGCAGCCGCGGGAGCACGCUGCGCUCCAUCCGCUUCGAUGACACGCCCCCGCGCCGCUCCUCCUCCGCCAGCAGCGGCGUCCUCGAGAGGGGCCGGUCCCCGUUCCGGAAUGGCCGCGCGGGGCCGGCAGCGGGGGCGAGGGAGGACGGGGGCGACCCGGGGGCCGACGGGAAGGAGGUGGUGUACUCAGUGGUUAGCGCGCCACGCUGCAGCAGGCCCCCGCUGGCGCAGGUCUUCACCGCCCGCCCCGACCCCAGCCCCAAGCCCAGCGCCAAGCCCAAACCCGAGCCCAAACCCGAGCCCGAACCUGAGCCCGCGGCGCCCCCUGCUGUCACCCCCCCGGAGAAUGGGCACGGCAGUGCCGUGCCGGUACAGGAGUACGAGCUCACCAGUGUCGAAAUCUCCAAGACCAAGCAGUCUCUGGGGAUCAGCAUCUCGGGAGGGGUGGAGUCCCGAGUGCAGCCAAUGGUGAAGGUGGAGAGGAUUUUCCCUGGGGGGGCCGCCGCCGCCAGCCAGGUGCUGAAGGCCGGGUACGAGCUGGUGUCGGUAGACGGGGAAUCCCUCCAAGGAGUCACCCACCAGCAGGCCGUGGACCUCAUCCGCAGUGCCUUCAGCAACAAGGCCAAGGACCCCAUGGUGUUUGUGGUGAAGGUCCCCAAAAAGCCCCAAGACUGA